GAGAGGAAGAGCUGGACAUGGAGGAGGAGGAACGGGAGGUGGUGCGAGUCCGGGUCCGGAAAUGUGACGGGGUCCUACAGCCAGAAUCGCGCUCAUUCGCGGUUGAUCCUCAGAUCACCUCUUUGGAUGUCCUGCAGCAUAUUCUGAUCCGGGCCUUUGAUCUCAGCGGGAAGAACUUUGGAAUCAGUUACCUGAUCCGUGAUAAACAGGGGCAUGAGACUUAUACAUCCUUGAUGUCUGACUGGGAUCUGGGCACUGCAUUUGACAGCGCCUCCAAGCCGUACCUCCAACUCAAGUUAGAUAUUAAGCCAUCCGAGGACAGUCCAUUGCUUGAAGACUGGGAUAUCAUUAGUCCAAAGGAUGUUAUUGGCACAGACCUGUUUCUAGUGGACAAGCGUACACUGAGCUCAGCACUUCCCUUUACCCAGACCAUCUUGUCUCAGGUAGGACGGACACUUUCCAAAGUUCAGCAAGCCUUGAGUUGGUCUUACGGGGAAGAUAUAAAGCCUUUUAAACCACCUUUGAGCGAUACGGAGUUCCACACAUACCUGAACCAUGAAGGACAGCUGACGCGUCCUGAGGACCUGCGUUUGCGUAUAUACCAUGGUGGCGUGGAGCCUUCACUGCGCAAGGUGGUUUGGCGUUACCUUCUCAAUGUGUACCCGGAUGGCCUUAGCGGGCAGGAGCGCCUGGACUACAUGAAGUGUAAGACUCGAGAGUAUUACCAGCUGAAGAGCGAGUGGCGGGAACGAUGCAGCGCAGAGGACCUGGAAUUCAUUCAAGGCAAUGUACUGAAAGAUGUCCUGCGCACAGACCGCACACACCCUUACUAUGCAGGAUCUGAGGACAGCCCGCACUUGCAAGCACUACACGACCUGCUCACCACAUAUGCUGUUACACAUCCGCAGGUAUCUUACUGUCAGGGCAUGAGUGAUAUAGCCUCGCCUAUCCUGGCUGUGAUGGACAACGAGGCCCAUGCAUUUAUUUGCUUCUGUGGCAUCAUGAAGCGACUGGAGGGAAACUUCCACAUGGAUGGGGAGUGUAUGUCUGUCAAGUUUUCCCACCUCAAGCUCCUACUGCGAUACUCUGAUCCCGAUUUCAGCUCCUACCUUGUGUCCCGUGGGGCUGAUGACCUGCUCUUCUGCUAUCGUUGGCUUCUUCUGGAGCUCAAGAGGGAGUUUGCUUUUGAGGAUGCCUUGCGGAUGCUGGAGGUGACUUGGAGUUCAUUACCCCCAGACCCUCCUGAGAAAGAGGUGGAGCUGGUGGGCUCACCAUGUGCACCAGGGGAGAGUCGUAAAAACACAAGGAGGAGGCAUAUGAUGCGUCCAGACCGUGGGCUAAGCCCGGAAGAGGAGGAGGAGGAGGAGGAGGAGGAGGUGGAAGAGCAAGAGGCGGGACAACAGAAAGAGAGCAAAUCAUUGGAAGUUACACAUAAAGAACCAGGGGCACAUCAGGAGCCAACAGCUAGGUGCUCUCCAUUACUGAAACAGGCCAGCUUUGGGGAGUUUAAGUGUUAUAGUACCAAUAUGGACGACAUAAGUGUAGAGAGAGAUGAUGAACCUGCCAGUUCUCCUGUCAAUAUUCGGCAGCCCACAGAGGACGACGAAGAAGAAACGUUCUGGGAAGAAGAACCACUCAUCAAACCACCUAACUCUUUAGGAGUCACCAAAUCCAUAUCUGUCCCUUGCCUGAGUGAAGAGACCACAAACUCACAGUGCACCCCUUCAUGUGUUGAUGGGAAACCCAUAACAUCUACCCCCAGUGGAGAGGAGAAAAGCGACGUAAACCUUGAACCUGAGCAGCCUGUCGCUCACUCCCCAGCCCCAAUCAGCUUGCCCCCUCCACAGGAGUUUGGGCGUGGGAACCCAUUUAUGCUCUUUCUGUGCCUCUCAAUCUUAUUGGAGCACCGCGAGCAAAUUAUGAAACAGAACAUGGGCUAUGAUGAGCUGGCAAUGCAUUUUAAUCGCUUGGUGAGGAGGCAUAACCUAAACCGCGUGCUGCAUCGAGCCAAGGCGUUGUUUGCCGAUUAUCUGCAAUCCAAGGUUUGGGACUCGGAGGAGGGAGAUGAGGCAGCUGCAGAAUCCCCAGCCAUAUCCUGACACCCUGAUUCACUACAUUUUACCCACUGGCUCUGGGUAAAGUCUAUCAAAGGAGUGGUUUGAUUGCACUGUAACACUAUCUGUCCACAGCAGUGAAGGAGUUAAUACUCUAAGGCUCUAUUUAUAAUUAUGAAAACUCUAGCAAUGAUAUGAAGUAAUCUGACUUGUGUGACUGGGGCUGGGGCAGGCAGGGCCGUGCUCUACAAGAAAACCCCCCUCUCCCAACUGGACUUACAGACAGGCGAGGAGCUACCCCUCUCCCAACUGGACUUACAGACAGGCGAGGAGCUACCCCUCUCCCAA